GUUCGAUAUAGACCUCGAGGGCUUAACCCUGACACUUCCUGAGAGGCCCAACGUUUCCUGUUCCUUCCCGCCACGACAUCGACAACAAAGCCGUCUCCAUCCGUCUGCCUCUGGGCUGCAGCACCCGUAUGGCCCCCCGGAUACGAGCUAGUGCGAGAUGUCCGCACUCCCUUGACCCUAUUGCGUAGAAUAAAUACAGUAGCUGCGGGAGAUCCUGCCCGUUGCCGCCCUUGGCUAGCUAGACCCGGUCGGUAUAGACCGCUUUGUCGACUGCUUACCCUCCCGCGUACCAUAUCCUACACGCAUCCCGCUACCGUAUACUAUACUAUACCAUCGGUCACCUACGCGCGAACGCACUUCUCCUCUCCUCGCGCGAGCCCAUAGCCUUGGUUCUAAUGGCCUUCCUCGAGGGUCCCAGUCGCAUAUCGACACUAGCGCGCCCGAGAUGUCGCCAGACAGUAUCCCCGAUCGCGGGCCCUCUGUCUUUGCUGUGACCACCGCCACCCUCGCCCUAGCCACCGUCAUCGUCGCCGCGAGGCUGUUCUCUCGGAUCUGCAUCGUGCGGAAGGUUACCUGGGACGACUAUUUCAUCCUGGGCGCGUGGGCCUUCGCAUUUUCCCUCAGCUUCGCCAUCGACCUCGGCACCAGCAAGGGACUCGGCCGCCACGAUGAGAACAUCCGUCCCGAUGACUGGAACACGCUGCGACGCUGCGAAUAUGUCUUCUCGAUUCUCUACAAUUCGGCCCUGAUGGCCACCAAGACAUCCGUCCUCAUAUUUUACCUACGCCUCUCCAAAAACACGCAGAAGGUUCUGCGGCUGGCAUCGUGGCUUGUCCUAGCCAUCGUGAACUUGGCCGGCACCGUCCUAACUUUGAUGAACAUAUUUCAGUGCCGCCCCGUCCAAGCUGCCUUCGACCCGUAUCCUGGCCCGUCAUACUGCAUCCCGUUGCUGACGGAAUUCAUAUGUACAGCUCCCGUCAACAUUGUAACCGACCUCGCAAUCCUGGCCUUGCCGUUGCCUGUUCUCACCAGCAUGAGGCUGCCGCCGAGGCAGAAAGUCAUUCUGGUUUUUACCUUCGCCCUGGGCAUAUUCGUCACCAUAGUCGACGUCGUCCGGAUCUACUACCUCGAGCAAGCCAUCACGCAAAUCUCCUCGACGGUGUCGAGCAACCCGGCGGCGACUUUUGGGGAGACGCCGCAAUUCUCCUGGAACGCGUCGUUGUCGCUUAUGUGGUCCGCCGUCGAGGUCAACGUCGGCAUAACCUGUGCGUGCAUCCCCACGCUGAAACCUCUGAUCCGUCGCAUCUUGCCUGCCAUGCUGGUCGAUCCCAAUGCCACUGGCACCUACGACAAAGACACGUCGACGGACGGCAAUGUUAGCUCGAAUAACGGCCGGGCGGCCGGCGGAGGUGUUUUUGCCGGUGACAUCACGCCUCCUUCCCAGGUACAUGCGGGGGGUAGGCGGGGGAGCCAAGUGUCCGUCGUCGAUUUUCUUACUACGCCGGACAUGGCCUCGAACACGCACACCCCGGACCACAUCAACCGAAGUCCUACCGUCCGAACAAGCGCCACGGGGACCUACUCGACAGUCGAGAACUCGGUAUACUUCGGUUUUGUGAAUAUGCGCCGGCCGAAGAGCAUGAUUAGGACCUCGGUUCGCGAUUCUUUCAGAUACUGCACUGUGGUUACGAUACUGUUCCUCUUGUGGGGCUUCUCGUACGGCUUGCUGAAUCAGCUCAACGAUGCCGUGGCCUCGGUCUCGGGCAUGUCGACCGCGGAGACGAUAGCGCUGUCGUCGAUUUACUUUGGGGGAGGAUAUCUGGUUGGCCCCCUGCUCGUUGGUGAGUGGAUUUUACGGCACGAUGAACACUCGCGGACGAAACGAAGGAGACACGAACCCGACCCGAUCGGUGGAUUCCGGGCAACUUUUAUCGUCGGACUAUGCUUCUACGGUGUCGGAACGAUCAUGUUUUGGCCGAGCGCGGUUCUCACCUCGUUUGCUGGUUUCAUGAUUUGCAACUUCGUCGUCGGAUUUGGUCUCGCCAUUAUCGAGACGGGCGCCAACCCGUUUCUCAUCUUUUGCGGCCCGAUGGACUACGCCGAGAUGCGACUCCUGCUUGCCCAGGGUAUCCAGGCUGUCGCUACUGUAUUAAGCGGACUCCUGGCCGAGAAGGUCUUCUUCAUCGCGCUGGACGUACACGGCAGGACGGACUCGCUGGCACUGCUAGAUGUUCAGUGGACUUAUUUGGCCAUCACGCUUCUCUGUGCGGCGCUAGCACUUUUUUUUUACUACAUGCCGUUGCCCGAAGUAACCGAUGCUGAGAUGGAGAACUCUACACGAUACCUCCCCGUAGACCCGAAGAAACCGAGCUUCGGCGGGCUGGAGCUCCGAACUUGGACCUUGAUGCUAGCCGUUCUAGCGCAGUGGACUUACGUUGCUGGCCAGGAGACUAUGAGCAUAUUUUUCCGCCAGGUUCUAACGCCGCCGGCGGCCGCUCAGAUGUCUGCUAGCUUCAUAACGGUCGAUAGCGGCAGGACAGAUUCGUUGCUGCCCCCGCCCGGCCUCACGUUGUCGAUUCCCGACUACCUGCUCAUUGCUCAUACCGCUUUUGCCGUCUCGCGUUUUCUCGCGGCAUAUCUCGCUUACCUGUCUCCGACACACCCCAGGGUCCCCCAACCACGCACCGUGUUAAGCAUCACGACCGGGCUUAGCGUCGUAUGCGGCAUUCUGGUGGCAGCCCUACGUUCGGUAGACCCGGACAUUCUCGCCAUCCCCAUCAUCCUCUUCUUCUUCUUCGAGGGUCCGAUGUGGCCUCUCAUCUUCACCCUGGGGCUACGCGGACAGGGCGAACGCACCAAACGGGCGGCGGCGUGGAUUACCAUGGGAGCCUCAGGCCCGGCUUUCUGGCCGUUCGUGAUCUACGCCAUCACCCAUCGAGGCGGCAACAUCCAGACAGCCUUUAGCCUGGUCCCCGCCCUUCUCGUCAUUACCGGGUUCUUCUCCCUCUUCCUGGACUUGAAGCGGGACGCUCGAGCCCUCGUCGACGCCCGCGUCGGUGCCGAGGACCAGUCCCGAAUACAAGACCGUGCUAACCGAGACGUCGACCUCAGCGCCAUCCUCUCAACACGGCGCAGGGCAUCGACAAGCGGGCUGCGGACCGACGACGUGGAGAAGGAAGGUCUCUUCAAGAGACUGUCGAUCAAAUUGAGCAAAAGAAACACCUUCCCCCCUGAGCGGGAGAUAUCGGACGAAGCGGCCAAGGAACAAAACCAGCCGAGGAACCGAAGUGCUGGCUGAACGGCUCGAGUGGAGUGACACGUCGAAUAUUCUGCGCAAAUAAACCUAUCUAGGCGCCUCCCCGCCGCGCUUCUCGCCAACCGGUUUUUCUUUUGAAGGUCCGGAUGCGACGCGUCUUUUCUAGCUACGGAAGAGAGGGCCAAACGGCAAGCCACCUACCUAACAAGCUGGAACAGCCUGGGUCGGGGCUUUAUUUAUCGUGCCCUUCGAUUCCGCCUCGGAUUCCCGAGCUACUUGAUAACGGCGACGCGAGGAUGCGGUCGUCUUCUAGCACUUCCCGAAAUUGGGCAUUUUACAGAUUUAUCUAUCGAAACCUGGGUGGAUGGUACG